AUGGCACGAAAGAGCUGCUGCCUGGUCCGACGCCUGGAGGGUGCCCGGAAGGACGUGCCGCAGUCCGACGUCUUGUCUGCGGUGACCGCUGAGCUUGGGAAGAUCCACAGUGAUAUGCUGGCCAAGGCCACCAAGGAGCGGGAUGAUGGCAUCAAACAGGUGACGCACUGGAGCGAGGUGAUGCCCUUGCUGAAGCAAAAGAAACUGAUCCUGGCUCCAUGGUGUGAAACUGCUGAGUCCGAGAUCCAAAUCAAACAUCGGACGAAAGAGGCCAUGGAGGAUGGCGCUGCACUGGUGCGCUGCACAGGGCACUGUGGAAGAUGGCCCCAACAUGGUCAGACUGGUGCGAUGAAGAGCCUUUGCAUACCGUCUGACCAGCCGAUGCUUGCUGGAAGCCAAUGCUUCUUUACUGGAGCGCCCGCCAAAAGGUGGGGCUUAUUUGGUCGCAGCUACUGA